AUGCCACAGCAUAUUGUUGUCGUAGGAGCGGGUGUCAUGGGUGCCUGUACAGCGUAUUAUCUGUCGAAACGGGCCACGGGCGAUGUACGGGUGACCGUCGUGGAGAAAACAGCAGUCGCUUGUGGAGCCAGCGGAAAAGCGGGCGGCUUUCUUGCCCUCGACUGGAAUGACGGCAGCGAAAUUGGCGAACUGACACGAGCAUCCUUCAAUUUGCAUGCGGAAUUAGCAAAGUCGCUGAAUGGAGAACGAUACGGCUACCGACGCGUGGAAACCUACUCUGUAUAUCUGUCGUUUGGCAGUGGCAAAAGCAACAAGGAAAUCCCACGAGAAAACAGCACUAUUGACUGGUUGGAUACCAAGCGUGUGCGUAGUGUCGAUACGUUAGGCACCGUGGACAACACAGCCCAGGUGCAUCCCGAGCUCUUCACACAUGCGCUUUUAGAGGAUGCAGUAGCCACCGGUCACGUCCAAGUGCGAUGUGGUCAAGGAGUGGCAUCGUUGCUGUACGGCGACGACGACCCAACCAAAGUUAUCGGUGUUGAAUUAGACAAUGGCGAAAAGAUUGACGCGGACGCUGUGGUGAUUUGUAUGGGACCGUGGAGUGGCACGUUGCCCAUGAAAGGACGACGAAGAAAUAUGUUGCCAAUCACAGGGUCUCGAGCCCAUUCCAUUGUCAUGAAACCCGAGAAAACCGUGCCUGCUCAAGCAUUAUUUACUGCCAUUGCUGAUGGCUCGCGAAUUUAUCCUCGACCUGACGGAACCGUAUACAUGUGCGGUCCUACGGAUACAGAAGAAUUGCCACAGUCAGCCGACCAGGUCAAAGUCGAUUCGACGGCUACGGAUACGCUGCGAAGCUUAGCAUCCAAGAUCUCGCCCAUAUUAGCUAGCGACGGUACCCAAGUAGUGGCGACGCAGGCAUGCUAUUUGCCUAUUUCGCGUGAUGGCGUGCCUCUGAUUGGAGCCCACCCAAAUCAUCAGCAAUUGUAUAUAGGGACAGGGCAUUCGUGCUGGGGGAUUCUGAAUUCUCCCAUCACGGGCUUGAUGCUGAGUGAGUUAUUGCUCGAUGGAAGAAUUUCUUGCCUUGACUCCGAAUCGGUGGAAGCAGUUGACCCGAAAAAUCGCUGUUCGUAA